AUGUUCACUCAAAGCUCAUCGGUAUUAACUCCUGGUAAUUGGCAGGGAUUUGCGCUGCACCACGGUGCCGGUCGUUGUCACUCCAGCUCCAUCAGCGCCUUCCUCGACGACACUGAGGAUGUUCGCAGCAGCAAGGCCUUCGAUCGCCUGGAGGGUGCUGGUGGGCGACGGAGGAGCUCCUUGGGGGAUUUAGAGAGUGCGCUGGCAAGGCUGGGCAUCGCGUGCAGCCAGGGGAAGAGCCCCGAGUUGUCUGCGAUUACGACACCGCCGAGGGGGAGCGUGUCUGCCACUGACGGGGCGCACAUGGAGCGACAGAAGGGCGGCAGACUGCCACGGGGCCCGCAAGGGAGGUCGCUGGUCGGAUGGCGCAAAUCACCGCCCCCGCGGGGCCAUCUGCGCGGUCGUGCAACAGCAACGACACGCUCUGUCACGAGCCAUCGUGCGGUGGGCAAGACAGGCGGCACUAUUCCUCCUCAUUCAACUACGUUGAUGGCUAGAAGAAAUCAGUCACAACAACAACGGAUCCGUAGCGUCCGGCAGUCAACAGCAGGGAGGGCUGUAAGUGGAGGAUCGACAGCGACAGCGCCCUCUGUUGGCGAGAGAGGAUCGUCGGCCGCGCGGAAGGGCCGAGAGGCACCCCCCACAGCAUCGGCUCCUGCAGUUGCACGGAAGCGGAAGAGCUACAUCGAGAGCAUCAACGUCGGCGAUGGCGAUCCGUGGCAGCCGCCGAGCGGCGAGACACCGGGGAAGCGAAAGGCAUCCGAUGGGAUCCCUGUGAUGCAGCCUCUACCUCGCCACACCAUCCGGCAGCUCUACGCUGAAGAUGUGGCCCCUUUUGAAAAGCGAAGCCCCUCCCUAACUGAGUCAGCUCCAUUACCCACGCAACUGUCAGUGCGUGCUUUAGAGUCUACAUUGAACUGCGCACAUGGCCUUGAUGCCUCCAGCGGCGUUACCGCACCAUCAGUCCCUCUCUCGUGUGUAGAGGGCGUCCACGACCCGUCACUGCUGACGGCACCCAAGUCGGUGGCUGUGCCCUCCUUGCACGCAUGGGCGCCACCACCGUCCAACGUGCUGCUUCCGGACGGCAUGAUGCAGCAGCAGCAGAAGCAGCAGAAGCAACAACAACAGGGGGAUGCUGCACGACGCGAAGUGUGGCGUUUGAGCAGCCCCGCUGUUGGUGACGGAAGCGACGCGAAUGAGUGGAUGCUACCGCUGCAGGAAAUUCCNCCAUCCAAGAAGAAGUCGGCCAAUGCCGCUGGCACCAGAAAGAGUUUUGCGCCUGUCAAGGAUGACAACGAAAUCGACUAUCAUGUUCUUUUUAGCGACAUGCGUUGCAAGAAAUCGUGUCAGCGUGCCGCUGAGCCCCUCACUGAAAAGAACGCGCGAGCAUCGCCAGCAGCAGCAGCAGGUGAAGUGAACGGUUUGGCCAACUCAAUGGCGGCCUGUUCCGCGCUUCUUCGUGAACCGCAGCAGCUGCUCGACAGUGAGUUCUUGGUGCCCGGCAAUGCGGCAUCGUCGCUGUCGGCGUCACGCCCACGCAACGUCAACCGGUGGAUGACAGUAUUCAACUCGGGCACGACGCGCACCUCGCUGUUUCAGCCGACGGUGCAGCGCUUCACCUUCGUGGAGUUGUCGCACCCCGCCAAGGUGCUCUAUGCGGCGGUGCUGUACCUCCGCACGCUGGGCGGCUUCCCCACGCUGCUGCGCAUCAACCCCCUCACGGAAAACUCAAGCGUUGUGGGGAAGGAGCACUGCGUGGAACUCGUCUUCGCCGCACGCGACGAGGGUCGAGAGAAAGAGAGUCCAACGCUGUCGCGCGUAACGUUCAACGCCGCGCGGCCACGGCGUCUGAGUGUGACGCGGGGAGCGACAGCGGCGUGGCCGAGCGGGACUACGGAGGCAGAGGAGCGUGUGGUGGUGGUGCGCUCGAUUCUCGCGGAGAAGUCUGUGGUGGAGCGCUUCGGUGGGCGGGAGGUGGUGCACGUUCUGCCGCCGCUGCAGAGCACCACCUCCACGCUUGACGCUAUGGCGAGCAGCCGUGGUAGCGCCCAGAUGAUGUCGUCGAGGAGCGACGCGGUGCAGCGGCUGCUGCUAAACAAGGAUAUGACGUUCCGGUCCUCGACGGGGUCGCAGAUGCGGCUGCCCAUGUCGUUGCAGCGUGGCAGUGGGAGCAGGCAAGAGAUCGAUCAUGGUGACCUUGCAGUGGCGUUCCUGAUGAGUGCGGGGGCGUCAGAGUUCAGCAGCGAGCUGCCGGAGCCAAUGGACCUCGAGGGACUGCGCUACAAAAUCUACACACUCACAAAGCACGACGUGGACAGCGCUGCACAGAGUGAGGCGCGCAGCAUCUUUGUCCCGCGACAUGCCUCACGGCAUCGCCCCAGCACCUUUGAACUCGAGUUGACGAAGAUGACGGGGAGGGCCCCGCUGACAGUGUCGGAUGCGGAGGCAGCAGCAGCAGCAGCGGCGUUAAANGAACUCGAGUUGACGAAGAUGACGGGGAGGGCCCCGCUGACAGUGUCGGAUGCGGAGGCAGCAGCAGCAGCAGCGGCGUUAAACACAACAAGAGACGCGGCAGAGAUGCGGCAGCGGUUCCCGCCGUACUCUCCAGUGACCGUUGCGGAGUCAACGCUGGCGGCGAGGACCGGCGCUGCGGCACAUGGAGGUGGGCAGCAGCACCAUCACCAGCAGCAGCAAAGUGAGUGCCUCGCACCGCACUUUCGCCAGCUGCGGCUGCCGUGCCUCUACAAAGAUCUCGUGGACGCUAUGCAGUACGCACUGGACGAGCACGUGCGUCUGGUGGAAGAAAAGGCCUCGUAUGCCCGGCACUUUUAA